AUGGCCGCAGAUGCGUCGGAAAGGAAGGCUCUGAGAUACAAGCAAACCCUGCUCUAUGGGGAGUACCAAGAGCACCAAGGAGGCUCUGGCAGACGGGAGGCCACACGCCUGCUGACAGAGAGACAGAUCAAGAAACAUGGCAACCAUCCCCGCAGCCAUGGGAGGACGCGGCAUGGACAUGGCCGUCGUGGCCAAAACGGAUACCACAGUCGCCAUCAGCAUGGGUUUCACAGCAGGCAGAGGAGCAGGGGUCAGUCCAACAUGGAGGCUGAGGCUGCUGAUGAGCAAACAGGUGAACCUGACCUCACAUCCUCUUUGAAGAAGAAGCGUUCCUACUCCAAGUGUCGAGACUGCAUAGCACGGGUGCAGCUAUUCCUUGUGACCAGGUUGGGAGAAGACUGGAUCUUCCUGGUUCUGCUGGGCAUCACAAUGGCACUGGUCAGCUGGACAAUGGACUACGCCAGCGCAAAGAGCCUGCAAGCCUAUAAAUGGAUUCAUGGGGAGCUGAGGGGGAACAUCCCCCUGCAGUUCCUGGCCUGGGUUUCAUAUCCCCUGAUGUUCAUCCUGUUCUCCUCCCUCUUCUGUCACCUGGUUUCUCCUCAAGCUAUCGGUUCUGGUAUCCCAGAGUUGAAGACCAUCCUGAGAGGUGUGGUGCUGAAGGAAUAUUUGACUCUCAAGGCCUUUGUUGCUAAAGUCAUCGGUCUGACUGCGGCUCUGGGUAGUGGCAUGCCUGUAGGCAAAGAGGGCCCGUUUGUACACAUUGCCAGUAUCUGUGCUGCAGUUCUCAGCAGGUUCAUGUCCUUCUUUUCAGGAGUUUAUCAGAAUCCAUACUGUUAUACAGACAUCCUAACAGUGGGCUGCGCUGUCGGGGUGGGCUGCUGCUUUGGUACUCCACUUGGAGGUGUGCUCUUCAGCAUUGAGGUUACAUCCACCUACUUUGCUGUAAGAAACUACUGGAGAGGAUACUUUGCUGCUACAUUUAGUGCCUUCAUAUUCAGAGUGUUAUCCGUGUUUAACAAAGAUGCAGUAACCAUCACUGCUCUGUUCAGGACAAACUUUCGUAUGGAUUUCCCCUUUGACCUGCAGGAGCUGCCGGCAUUUGCCAUCAUCGGGAUUUCCUGUGGGUUCCUGGGGGCAUUCUUUGUUUAUCUCAACAGACAGGUGGUGCUGUUCAUGAGACGACCCAAUGCUAUGACCCGCUUCCUGACCAAACAUCGGCUGUUGUUUCCUGCUGUGGUAACGCUGGUCAUCGCCACCUUGACCUUCCCACCUGGGUUCGGACAGUUCAUGGCAGGAGAGCUGAUGCCCAGGGAAUGCAUCAACUCUUUGUUUGAUAACUUUACGUGGACGAAGAUUUCGGGAUCUCCUCCUCCGGUCGGUCUGGGCCGCUCCGCCGCCUGGCUGCACCCUGAUGUCAGCGUCUUCAUAAUCCUGCUGCUCUUCUUCCUCAUGAAGUUCUGGAUGUCUGCCGUGGCCACCACCAUGCCCAUUCCAUCUGGAGCCUUCAUGCCUGUCUUCAUACUGGGAGCUGCUUUCGGCAGGCUGGUAGGGGAGAUCAUGGCCACCCUGUUUCCUCAUGGGAUUGUGUUUGACGGCAUCCUUUACCGCAUCAUCCCUGGAGGGUACGCAGUCAUUGGAGCGGCAGCGUUGACUGGCGCGGUGACUCACACGGUGUCCACGGCGGUUAUAUGCUUUGAGCUGACAGGCCAGAUCUCCCACAUCCUGCCCAUGAUGGUGGCAGUAAUCCUGGCCAACAUGGUGGCCCAAGGCCUGCAGCCCUCCUUGUAUGACUCCAUCAUCCAAGUCAAGAAGCUGCCAUACUUGCCGGAGCUCGGCUUCGGACACAUGAGCCAAUACAACAUCUUUGUUGGGGACAUCAUGGUGAGGAAGGUGAACUUUAUAUCGUCUGAGUCGACCUACAGAGAAGUCAAACUCCUGCUGGAUUCCUCUUCACUCAAGUCAAUCCCACUGGUCGACUCAAAAGAGUCUAUGAUCCUUCUGGGCAGCGUCGACAGGUUGGAGCUUCUGGCUCUCUGUGAUUGGUGGUUGUCACCAGAGAGGAGGCUCCUCAUGCAGGAUCGCAGUCUGCAGGAACAGAACCAGUCUCAGAAACACAGCUGGGAGUCAUUUGCCUUCGUAGAUGAGGAGGAAGAGGAGGACGGAGAGAAGGGCAGUCCAGUACAGGAGGAGAGGAACGGCCCCCUGCCUCCUGCAAAACCCCAGGAGCCUUCGUCAAACCACACUGCUCCUGUUCCUGACAAAGGUCCUCUGCAGUCUGUGAGGAAAACACUCAGGAAUCUCUUCACCCCUAAGAACAGACAGACGGAAGGACAGUCACAGGAGCCCUGUCCUCCGCCCCUGUCCGACACAAUGACACCAGAAGAGAUCAAAGCGUGGGAAGAGGCAGAGAUGGACAAGCCGAUGGAAAUCGAUGAGAUACGAGUGGACCCUUCCCCUUUCCAGCUGGUUGAGAGAACAUCGUUACACAAGACUCACACCUUAUUCUCCCUGCUGGGGCUAAGUCACGCUUAUGUGACCAGUAUUGGCAAACUGGUGGGGGUGGUGGCACUGAAAGAGCUCCAGAAAGCCAUCGAGGGCUCCACCCGCUCCGGCGUCCGACUUCGUCCUCCUCUGGCCAGCUUUCGUGACAUCAGCAACCACAAACCUCCACCUUCUUCUCCCGCUGCUCCUUCCUCUCCGACCUCCCCCUCCCCUCCCUCAGCUUCAGCUGCUUCCCUGCCCACCUCCUCUUCUCCGCUUGACCACCACCAUCACCAUCACCACCACCACCAUCACCACCAUCCUCAUGUGAAUGAGACGGAGGUGUGGAUUGAGGGCUUGACAAGGGAGGUGGAGGAGAGCAGCAGCACCACCAGCAGCAGUAGUAGCAGUACAGGAGAUGAUGGUGACAGCAGUACGGGGGCCUGCAGCUCAGCCAGUAGGAGUUGCAGUUACAACAGCAACCUUAACCUCCCUCCCUCCUCCACUCCUCCCCCUGUCCCUUCUUCCUCCACUGCUCCUCCUUCUCCUCCCUCCCCCUCCAUCCCUCUCUCCACCCUAAGGCCCCUACAGGAACUCCUUGAUGGGGGUGAAGACAGCGACGAUGAGCCAAUGGUUUAG